CACAGCACAUUGGAUAGCACAGCCCUGCCCUCAGAACCAAACCACAAGACCAGCAAGGGCAAAGCUGUUUUCUCUUUGCCCCCAACAGCAACCUGUUGUCCUUUAACGAAAGGAAAGCCCUCCUGAGAACGUUUCCUUCCAACGGAUCAUCUUCUCUCUCUCUGGAUUUAAACCUUUCCUUCGUUCGACUAUGACCGCGUCAGUUUUCGCCAACCUUGGCUUUGUGCACGCUCUGAAUGUCCUUCUCCUGGCGUGCUUGAGCUUGAGCAGCACCAUCAAGUCCCCUGAGCACCACCACAGGGCACCGGUUGGUAGGGAUAAGGGUGACGCGCCGCUGCUCGAUGCGCAGGAUUUUCUGAACCAGUUUCUGUCCACGCUGAACCUCACAAAGCAGAGGCCCCAGACCAGGCCCCUUGUCGCCCAUGAAGAGCCACCAGAGUACAUGCUGGAACUGUACGAGCGGUUUGCCAACGACCGCACUGCUGUGCCGUCGGCCAACAUUGUGCGCAGUUUCAAGAAUGAAGAUUCCUCUCCCUAUAGUAUAACAGACAGAGGUGUAAGGAUACAUCGCUUGCUGUUCAAUAUCUCCUUGCCUCGCCACGAGCGCAUAACAAUAGCCGAGCUUCGUCUUUUCGCUCUGGUCUGGAAGGCCCAGAAACCGUACGCUGGCUUUGACUGCAAGGUGACAAUCUACAAAAUACACGAGGGUGUUGUUUGGACAAAAGAGGUGGGGAAAGAAGGGAGAGGGAGGGAUAAAGAGGGGGUGGUGAAGAUGAGGGAUUUGGAGGAACUGGUGACAAAGGAAAUCCAUGCCAAAGAUAAUAGCUGGGUGUCGUUUGACCUGACUCGUGUGGUUUCGCUCUGGCGGAAGUCGGGGUGCGCAACUCACAGCCUGGAGGUUCAUAUCGCAGGCCUGGGGUCAGAGGAAGAAGGGGCCACGCAUGAGACCGCAGAGGACGACGAGGGUUCGGUCGAGAUCGAUAUUGACAGGAGCUCGGAGGGAGCGCACAAUGCAGUCUUGAUCGUGUUCUCAGACGAUCAGAGCAGAAGCCACAAACAGGACAAACGGGAGCUCGACCAGAUGAUUGAACACGAGAAUGACCUUCCAGAAGACAUGGGCAGGGGCCAGCAGCCUUCCUGGGGGCAUGUUAAUCACAACACCGGCCACGCUAACGAGCAGGACGAACAGUCUCUCAUGCAGCUGCAGUCCAACCUUAUCUACGACACACCUCCUCGAAUCCGUCGCAAUGUUAAGAGCGAGUCAUGCAGGAGGACGCCCCUGUAUGUGGAUUUUAAAGACAUUGGCUGGGAUACAUGGAUCAUCCAGCCUUUGGGCUACGAAGCCUACAAGUGUAACGGAGUAUGCAACCCGCCUAUGACCUCCGAGGUCUCGCCUACCAAACACGCCAUAGUGCAGACGCUCCUGAGCGUCAAGAGUCCGGAGAGGGUGUCUAGAGCCUGCUGUGUGCCCACCAAGUUGGAGCCAAUCUCACUCCUUUAUCAUGAUAACGGCGUGGUCACUUUCAACCACAAGUAUGAGGGAAUGGUGGUGGCAGAGUGUGGCUGUAGAUAGUUCUGAAAAUAAUACGCAAAGAUAAAGACUGUGCACUGAUGGAUCUAUCCAUCUUUCUUUCGAUCUAUCUGUCUAUCUAUUUAUCUAUCCAAUGUGCCUUUUUCCCCACAGUAUCUGAUAUCUCAUACAGUGGUGUAUAAUAACACAGGUCUGGACUUGUUUUAGUGGUUGUUGUAAAUUAGAGACGGGCACGCGAUGUAAAUUUGCAAUUGUAUAAAAGCAAAGCAAUAGUUUGUGAAAUGAAUGAAUGCAGAAUAUAAACGGUUUAAAAGUAAAGCUGCGAAUCUUCUUAAAUAGUCUGUCAUGAUUUUUGUGUUUUGUGUCAGGCCGAGUUCCAUAAUAAUCCCUUUGAAUGGCACUAACAGGCUGUGUUCAGUAAAGGACGCGAUAAAGAGAAAAGAAUGAAAGUUCUUAUGGGAAAUACCUGAGCGUUGUGUGAGUUUCCAUAAUGCACGACUGACCGUACACUGUUGGCUUUUUAAAAUAUAUAUAUAAAAAAAGUUGUUAUUGAAUGUCAGUCUAGCCAGAAUGCUUUAGAAAGAGAUGUGCACGCUGCAGAAAUGGCAUAAUGUGUUAUUUUUUGAAGCCACUGAGACAUUUUCUCUCCUAUUUGCUCGGCAAUCUUGCAGAAAAUGUAUUUUCGAUGGCUUUCGAGGAGGGGGGGCGGGAGGGCAUGGGGGGUUCUGUCGUAGCUCUUCAGGGCUCCAUGUCUGAAAAAAUGUCAUUUCUCUUAACUAACACUAUUGUCAACUGCUGUGAAAUCUUUAUUUGUACCAGUCCUUCAUAUCCAGCUCCAGGUUCUCAAUGUAAAUGUUACUAUGGUUGUAAAAACAAUAAAAUCCAUCUGCAAACAAA